ACAAACCAGAAAUCGAGUCGUGUAAAACUUAAUUUUAAAAGUUUUUGCAAUAUUUCAUCAGAAAAUAGCUAAUUUAUCGUUUUUGGUGGAAUUGAAGCAUACAUAGGAGCAUAGCAGCUACAUCACUCAUAAUUAUUAUUCAAUUACGUCCAGUAUAAUUCAGUGCAUAUAGGGAAAAAAUAAACAAAAAAAAUACAAUAUAAAUACUAAUAAAACAAAUAAAGGAAAAUAAGCAUGUCGUCGGGUACUUUUGUGGAUAGAAUAGAUCCAUUUGCGAAGCGUUCUUUAAAAAAGAAAAGUCGCAAGUCUCAGGGCUCAUCAAGAUAUCGAAAUUCUCAAGAUGUAGAACUACAACAAUUACCGCCGCUUAAGGUUGACCUAUCGAGUAUGGAACAAGAAGAAUUAUUCAUACGAAAAUUGAGACAAUGUUGCGUUUCAUUUGAUUUUAUGGAUCCAGUUUCGGAUUUGAAGGGAAAAGAAAUAAAACGUGCUGCACUUAACGAUCUAUCUGCUUAUAUAACGCAUGGACGUGGUGUCCUUACCGAAGCAGUAUAUCCAGAGAUUAUAAGAAUGAUUUCUGUAAAUCUGUUUCGCACAUUGCCACCAAGCGAAAAUCCAGAUUUCGAUCCUGAAGAAGAUGAUCCAACGUUGGAAGCAUCAUGGCCGCAUCUACAAUUAGUAUAUGAAGUAUUUUUACGCUUCCUUGAAUCGUCGGACUUUCAGGCUACAAUUGGAAAGAAAGUUAUUGACCAAAAAUUCGUUCUGCAGUUGCUUGAACUAUUUGACUCAGAGGAUCCAAGAGAGCGCGAUUUCUUAAAAACAGUGCUUCAUCGUAUAUAUGGAAAAUUUUUGGGCCUUCGCGCCUUUAUACGGAAACAAAUUAAUAAUAUUUUCUUACGUUUCAUAUACGAAACAGAGCAUUUUAAUGGAGUAGGAGAAUUGCUGGAAAUAUUGGGAAGCAUUAUCAACGGUUUUGCAUUGCCACUUAAAGCUGAACAUAAACAAUUUUUAGUAAAAGUUUUAUUGCCAUUGCAUAAGGUGAAAUGUUUAUCGCUGUAUCAUGCUCAGUUGGCAUAUUGCGUUGUCCAAUUUCUUGAGAAGGAUGCAUCUCUCACGGAGCCGGUCGUUCGAGGAUUACUUAAAUACUGGCCAAAAACAUGUUCCCAAAAAGAGGCGAUGUUCUUGGGCGAGAUUGAAGAAAUAUUGGAUGUGAUUGAACCACCUCAAUUCGUGAAAAUUAUGGAGCCCCUUUUUAAGCAAAUUGCCAAGUGUGUUUCAAGCCCUCAUUUUCAGGUGGCUGAACGUGCAUUGUAUUUUUGGAAUAAUGAAUAUGCAAUGUCAUUAAUUGAGGAUAACAAUGCUGUUAUAAUGCCGAUAAUGUUUCCAGCUUUGUAUCGUAUUAGCAAGGAGCACUGGAAUCAGACAAUUGUUGCACUAGUUUACAACGUUCUGAAAACAUUUAUGGAAAUGAAUUCGAAAUUAUUUGACGAAUUGACAGCAAGUUAUAAAGCUGAAAGACAAAAAGAGAAAAAGCGCGAACGAGAACGUGAAGAAUUAUGGAAACGUCUUCAUGAAUUAGCUGAUGAGAUUCAAAAAGGUGAUAAACAUGGAACGAUAGGUACAUUACCAACAAUACCGUCGUCGACAACAUCAGGUGAUGUUGGUAGCAAUCAAUUGAACAGCACUGCAACAAAUAAUCAGAACAACCCAGCUGCAUCAUCAGCAAGCCAUUCAGCUUCAGCUAUAAGUACGCAAAUGAAUUCAUUGUCAAUAAGUGCUGCUGGUGGUUCCAUGUCCAAGUGAUGUAAUAAUUCUAAUGAGAUUGAGACUAGGGAUGAUCUGAGGAUGAAGAAUUUAUGUUUUUGUCAAGAUUAAUGACUUUUUUUUGUGCUCUUUAGUAAAUUCAAGAUUAUAAUGCUCAUAAGCAGGACAUCUUAUGGUCGAAUAUUUUUCAAGAAAAAUUCAAAUGAUUUGGCAAUUUUAGAGUGAAUCAGUCCUUAAAAUAUCCUAAUAUGAAGUGUGUUUAAUUUAUUGAUCAGUA